GGGCGGCGGCGGUGCCAAGAUGGCGGACGAUAAGGACUCGCUGCCCAAGCUCAAGGACCUCGCCUUCCUCAAGGGGCAGCUGGAGAGCCUGCAGCGCAGGGUGGAGGACGAGGUGCAGGCCGGCGUGGGGCAGGACGGAUCCCUGCUGGCAUCACCCUUUCUUAAAGGCUUCUUGGCGGGGUACGUGGUGGCCAAGCUCCGGUUUUCCGCCGUCCUGGGCUUCGUGGCCGGCACCUGCACCGGGAUUUACGCCGCCCAGAACUACGCCGUGCCCAACGUCGAGAAGACGGUUCGGGAUUAUUUGAAUGCGCUGAAAAAAGGUCGGGACUAGCGCGGAGGAGCCCGGAGGCAGUAGGGACUGCGGGAACGGUGCUCCUCGGGCAGCGGGCACAGAGCAGACCCGGGGCUCCCGGAGGCACGUCACCCGCACCCUUCUUUCGUUCUUUUCCCUGGAAAAGGGCUUUGCACUACAGCACUGCGGCACUCAGGGGCUGUGAUGGGUGUGCACGGGGCAUCACGGCGGUGGUGAGCACUCUACUAACCCACAAGGGGGCCCCGAGGGGCUGCCAGCUGCCUUUUCUCCUCACCCUCACCUCCCCCGUGUGAACUGAGGGGCUGCCGUGCCCUGCCACCUGCCGUGCCCUGCCACCUGCCGUGCCCUGCCACCUGCUGUGCCCUGCCACUCACGCUGUGCCCUGGGAAUGUGCUCUGUGUGGUUCCCCAGAAAGGCUUUGUAGUUCUCCUCCUAAGGAGAGACAGCGCCCAGGUCUCCUCCUGCACCACAAAUGUAGCAGGGAACAUCCUGCCCGAGUCAGGCUCAUUAAAUCCUUGGUUAUUUGGUCUCUUCUUCGGUGUUGCAGGGUGACAGUCUUGUCUGGCCUGUCUACACUGACAGCUGGAAAUGGGAAUGCUUGGGAAUGCUGCCGAGGGGCCGCUCCGGAGGGGGCUGUGGGCGCUGAUGCUGCUGCUGUCUGUGGCCAUCUACGGCUCCCACGCCCCCCUCCUGACCCUGUGCAAGGUGGACGGGGCCAUCCCCUUCAGCUCCACGUCGGUGGUGGUGCUGGUGGAGCUCACCAAGCUGGCGCUGUCCCUGCUGUCCCUGCUGGGGGAGCCGCCGGCGCCCGCCGUGUCCUGGCACCACGCCGCACCCUUCGCCCUCUCGGCCCUGCUCUACGCCGCCAACAACAACCUGGUGGUGCACAUGCAGCUCUUCAUGGACCCCAGCACCUUCCAGGUGCUCAGCAACCUGAAGAUCCUGAGCACGGCGCUGCUCCACAGCCUCCUGCUGCGCCGGCGCCUGGGCCCGCGCCGCUGGCUGGCCCUGCUGCUGCUGCUGGGGGCCGGGGUGUGCUACAGCUGGGGGGGGCUCCGAGGGCACGGCGUUCCUGGUGGGACACACCUGCACGUCACACCCGUGGGGCUGGUGCUGCUCUGCGUGUACUGCCUCAUCUCAGGCCUGUCUGCUGUCUACACUGAAGCCAUCCUGAAGGCACAGCCGCUGCCCCUCAGUCUCCAGAACGUCUUCCUCUACUUCUUUGGGGUCCUGCUCAACCUGGCGGGCUCCCUGUGGAGCGGCACCGAGGGCGGGUUCCUGCGGGGCUUCUCCCCGUGGGUGCUGGUGGUGGUGCUCGGCCAGGCCCUCAACGGCCUCAUCAUGUCGGUGGUGAUGAAGCACAGCAGCAACAUCACCAGGCUCUUCAUCAUCUCCUGCUCCAUCCUGGUCAACGCCCUGCUCUCCGUCGCCCUGUUUGACCUGCAGCUCACUCUGCUCUUCUUUGUGGCCGUGGCGUGCAUCGGCCUCGCUGUGUACCUCUACUACGGAGUCACGUAGCCACUGCCUCCCUCCCGUGUGUCCAGGCAGCCCCAGCCCUUUCUCAGGGUUGGGAUUGUUGCUGCUGGGUGCCUGCACAGCUCCAAGGACCCCCCAACAAGGAGUACCCUGUCCCUGCUUCCAGAGGGAAGCUGGGCCCUGCUCCAGCCUGGCCAAGCUCAGUGCCACGGGGUUCCCGUGGGAUCAGGUGUGCCCAGCCUUAGGGCGGGUCCUGAGCCCUGUGUGGGUGCCUCAGUCUCAAGCUGUGCCAGGGGAGGUUUAUGUUGGACAUCAGGAAGAAUUUCUUCCCAGAAAGGGUGAUUAAACGUUGGAAGGGACUGCCCAGGGAGGUGGUGCAGUACCCAUCCCUGGAGGUGUCCAAGAAAUGACUGGAUGUGGCACUCAGUGCUCUGGUCUGGUUGACAAGGUGGUGAUCAGUCACAGGUUGGCCUCAAUGAUCUUGGAGGUCUUUUCCAACCUCAGUGAUUCUGGGAUUCUGUGUCCCAUGUCCUCAAGCUGCUUCCCCACACCACAGUGGCCUGGGAACGCUCCGGCAGCAGUUGACUCUGCCAGCCCAGUGUGGCACUGGUGCCAUUUUGGCUCCCAUGGAUGCUGCUUCCUCCCUCCCCAUUCCUGGUGCUGUUUCCUGGGGCCUCUCCCACUUCCACAGUUUUCCAGCCCAGCUCCUGGCUGAAGCCCUGCUGUCCUCAGGUCCCGCUUCCCCUCCUUGGGCACAGUGUCUGUGUGGAACAGACAGGGAAGGGGGAAUAUGGGAACUGUUUCACCUACUCCCAAAAGGGAGACACCUCCUGGAUUUGUACCGAGUUCCUGGCAGGCAGAACCCACCUGGGAUAUUAAAGCUGCAGUUCAACAGCA